CUGCACCCCUCUCUCUCUCUCUCUCCUGCCCUCUCUCUCCAUCCUCCAGCUCUCUAUCUCUCCUCUGCUUCUCAUUUCAUCUCAACUUGGAUGUAGCAGCGCAUUCAUUUUUUAAUGACACUCACUGCACGCGCUCCCCUCCUCACCACCUGUUAGCCCCGCAUCUCCUCCUCGUGCUGGAUUUCAAUAUUUUCACCUGGUUUUUAUGAGGAGUUUCACGCUUGUUCUUUCCUCUGAGCCAUAUGACCGUGCGGAAGGGAAACCGUUUGGGCAUCUCCAUCCAGGAGCACAUGGCCAUCAACGUCUGCCCGGGCCCCAUACGCCCCAUCCGUCAGAUCUCUGCCUACUUCCCCCGCCUCUCGCCCACUUCCUCCUUCUCGGAGCCGCUCUCGCCCAACCAGCUGACGGCGCCGGCUCCGCUGAGCCCCGGUGGUGCGGGCCAAGGUGGAGGAGGAGCAGCGGGAGGAGACGGAGAAGGAGGAGGCGGGGCGAGCAGAUGCCUUUUGUCUCCGCUGCUACCGGGAGCUGCAGGAGGAGGGUCACUAUCGGCCAUGAGCAGCAUGGACACCUCCAUCGAGAUCGACAGCUGCGACAGCGACGACAACACCUCCCUGGGGACGUUAGAGUUUGACCUUCUGUAUGAGAAAGCCACCAGCUCUUUACACUGCACAGUCCUCAGAGCAAAGGGUUUGAAGCCGAUGGAUUUCAACGGUUUGGCCGAUCCCUACGUCAAGCUGCAUCUGCUGCCAGGAGCCUGCAAGGCGAAUAAACUGAAAACGAAGAUUGUUCGAAACACACUCAACCCCGUGUGGAACGAGACGCUCACCUACUGUGGCAUCACCGAGGAAGACAUGUACCGCAAAACUCUCAGGGUGUCCGUUUGUGACGAAGACAAGCUGACACAUAACGAGUUCAUCGGGGAGUCGAGGGUGGCCCUGCGCCGCGUGAAGCCUGACCAGACCAAACACUUCAACAUCUGUCUGGAGCAUCCGCCUCCUCUGCCGUCGCCGACAGCGAUGAGCACGGCCCUGAGAGGAAUCUCCUGCUACCUCAGAGAGUGGGAGAUGGAGCAGCAGAGAAGUCUGGAGGAAAGGGGCCGUUUGCUGCUUUGCCUCCAGUUCCUGCCCCCAAACGGUGACGGCGACUUGAAGGGCGAGGCGAAGGAGAGAGCUCGAGGUGGGCUCUGCGUGGGCGUCAAGCGCUGCGCCCACCUGGCAGCCAUGGACGUCAACGGUUUCUCCGACCCCUACGUCAAAACGUACCUGAAGCCAGACGUUCACAAGAAAUCCAAACACAAAACAGCAGUCAUAAAAAAGACCCUCAACCCAGAGUUUAAUGAGGAGUUCUUCUAUGAAAUCUCCUUCACAGAGUUAGCUUCGAAGACACUAGAGGUCACAGUUUGGGACUACGACCUGGGGAAGUCCAAUGACUUCAUAGGGGGCGUUUCCUUCGGCUGCCACUCGCAGGGCGACACUCUGCAGCACUGGAUAGACUGUCUGAAGAACAAGGGCCAGAAGGUGGAGCGCUGGCACACCCUGACCAACGAGCUGCCCGGCUCCACGGUGCAGGAGUGAAACCAGGACGAUUCGCCGCAUGCUCUGAGCACUUCCUGCAUGACUGCAGUGGAUUUGUUUCCCGGUGACUUUCUACCAGGAUUGAAAGCAGCAGUGAUCUAAUGUUUGAGCUACAUGAAUGUAAUUUAAAGGUGACUUUUUAUGCUUCCUUCAUCAGGUGAGGAUAGGGCUGUGGUCUACACAAAACAUGUUCAUCACAUUUUUUGCACAAAAUAAUGAGAUUUUUAAAGAGAUUCUUUCAGAAUUAGUUUUUUCAGGGCCGCCGGUCAUUUUAAAUCCAUACCCCCGCUUAACAUUUACACUCGCAAGUGAAAAUGGUUGCAAACAAUUUAUAUAAUCGUACCACUACGACAAGCAUUAGUAGAGCCUCCUGCACAACCAACAAGAAUGCAGUAAGUGGUUUCUCAAUGGUAAGUCAACAACAAAACACUUGCCUUUUGCCUUUUCCAGCUGCCAAAGCAGUAAAACCAGCGGGAGCUCUGCUUUGGUUGCUAGGUGACAGGCGGAGUACCGCUGGAGUUGCUAGGUUACGGCGCAGUGGCCGUAGACAUUGCCUAUAAAGACCUGGAUGUCAUUUUUUAAAACUAUUUGUGUUAUAAGAAGCAGUUGAGACCCAAAUUGAAGAACAAAAAUACAAAAUAUAAAUGCCGAAAUUAAAAACUAACUUACAAGAGCUUGUUUUAAGUUAUUAAUAUAUUAAUACUGAUGAAAAAGAUCCCCUCACAGAUUAUUUCACUUUUAAAGGAGAAAAUGUCUCAUUAUAAGUAAAGUAAUUUACCAGUGGAACUAAAAACUUUUAAAUUAAAAAUAAGCUCCUAUUUAUUUGUAAAUUAAUUUUGUUACUAGAAACUAGUAUUAUUUCACUUAAGACAUUUUUCAUCUGUUGCAAGUGAAAUAAUCUGCCAGUGGAACUAGUACUUUCUUUUUAAUAUCAAUAUGAAGAAAUUAUUGACUCAAAACAAACUCCUAUAUUUUGCUAAAGGGUUAAUUGUUAGUUUUGUCUUAUUUCAAGUAUACUAAGAUAUUUGCACUGGAAAUUGUCAACCAAGUUUAUAUGUAUAGGACAUUUCAGCAACAUGGCAAUUCAAAGUGUUUUACAUUGUGAAAACAUAAAAACCCAUUAAAAACACAACAUAUGGUCAACAGGUGUGAACAGACAUCAAAUAUGUUGGUUCAUUUUCCAUUUAUUAUGGUUCAAAAUCAACUAACAGGUGGGUCUUCAGUCUAGACCAAAAAUACUUGGUAAGAUUUUGUGUUUUUGCCGUGUUGAAGUAUAAAAUCGUGCAAAAAAUGAAUUUUGCAUAAUGGGUCCCCUUUAAAAACAUUCACAGGCGUUCGUGUCUGUUUGGAGAAUCUAAAGGCACCAAUCUGAUCUGAUUUAACAAGAAAUCCUGCAUCUAGUGAGUGUGACAUCAGGGAGGGAGUUUUAAUUAUUCUACAGUUUGACUUCCAUUCAGCUUUGCUUGCUUUUAUUAAAUCCUGUCAGUUAUUUCCAUUAACUCCUGACAUUAAAUCUCGAUGUUCCUGGCAAUAACUUUCUUUUCUUCCCUGAUGCUUCCAGAGAUUUCCAAGUGGUCUUAAUCCUGCCGGACAUUCCCAAUCUAUUGAUCUGCCUGUCACUGGGCCCUGGCUGAUAGGAUAAUUGGCUCUUUUAAUGUCAAUGGUUUGUGUGAGUCGUUUGCAUGUUUGAUGUUGAUGGGGUAAAAGAAGAGUUUUAUUCUAACUCGAAUUUCGAUGUAUGUAACAGUUGUUUGAUGUGUCAGCUCUGAUAUUUCUGUGUCGAUGCUUUGUUUUAUAUAUACAUGUAUAAAAAUAAAGCAGAUGGCGGCGUUUUAAUUAAUAAAUGACACAAUCAGCCUGUUUGCCAAUUAGUGAUGAAUUGUUUUAAAAACAACAGUGUUGUGUGGUACCUCUGUAUUUUACCAAACUGCAGGUUUUAUCUGUGGUGAAUCAGGCUAAUGCGAAUAAUAAUAAUAAUGGUGUUUAUAUGUAAAUACUUUUGGUGUAUUAACUGUUUUGAAUAUUUGUUAUUUUGUAAAGUGGGCAUGAUUGUUGUUUGUUUCUUUAUAAAGCAUUCAUUUAUAUAUAACUGGUUGCAAACUGGCCUCUGUGAACCUCUUCUGUUUAUGCACAGCCCAGCGGCAACUCAAUAAAGCUAAAUACUGCCACCUAGUGUCCUGAACCU